GAAGAGGGUAUACAAACCGAAGAAUUACCCAUCCAUUUAAGCAUAUGAAGCGGGUUGAACCUGUAUUAAUUUCAAGAAUGGAGGAGAUUGUUCGAACUGAGCUGGGAAUGCCUCCUCCGACUAAGGAGGUUAAGCAAGAAUUGCCUGACGCCAACCUUGAAUUGAUUGAUAUGGAAGUUUCUAGCGGUGGGCCCUCGUCAGUUUCUAUCUCUCCAGAUGCCCCAUCUCCUCUUCCAUCUUGCUCAUCAAGUGAUAGGGCUAAAACUGAUGAUAAGGUUGAGUCUGAAAUCAAGGCCGAACCCGAGGACAUCAACGACGAUGCUACUUUGGAAAAGUUUGCAGGUUCAUCGUGCACCUCUUCACUCUCUUGUAAUGCUUCCGAUGAUGGAAAAAAUUCAGAAAAAAGUACAGAAGCAGCCGAUGAUUGA